AGUAUUUCUCAAAAUAAAUGUACAUUCUGGAAAAAAAAAGUGUGCCUUGAUAAAUUUUGAAAAAUACAUUCGUUUUUAUUUAAUCAUAGAAAUAAUUUAUACACCAAAAUGUAGGAUAACUAUUAAACUUUAGAAUAAUGUGAAAUAAACAGCUUAAUCGUAUUAUUACUAUUUUUUUCGUUUAGUUUUUAAAUAACGUUUUUUUACCAUUCAUACAAAAAUCGAAUUGCCACCCUACCUACCUCAUACUUUUACACUUCAUAAAAUGCGAACUGUAACAUGAAUAUUGUGCAUUUUUGUGUAUUGUGGUUCUUCAUGAAAUGUAGUUACUGAAAAUAAGUGAUUUUCUAUGGGGUUGCUUAAUAAAUUCAUAAUUAAAUGCAAAAAAUAUAAAUGAGUCGCGUCAUUUUACUUUUUAGUAACUACUCUUUAGUUGCGUUUUAUUUUACUUCCAAGUAAUUUCUGAACGCAUUAAUUUAAUUUUCAAACGGGCAACCCUAGCUGCUUUCUGAUUGGUUGUUGGUUUGACGUCUCCGCCAUUACAUUUAUUGUGAAAAUCAGAUGUACACGUGUUUUGUUGAGUGGGAAUACUAUUUCGUGACAGGAAUUAAAACAGCCUUUUUUCACAUAACGGAAUGCCACCUAAAACUAAUGCCGAAAGGCAAAAAGCUUACAGAGAAAAACUAAAAAAGGAAAAGCCAGCAAAAUAUGAGAAAAUUCGAGUUAAGCAUUUGGAAAAAAUAAAAGAAAAUAACAAAAAGAAAAAGGAAAUGCUUACAGAAAAAGAAAAAGAAGAGUUACGAGAAAAGUGGAGACAAGCCAAUGCUAAAAGAGCUGAAAGAAAAAAGAAGGCUAACCUUACCACACAUGACAAAAAUACAUUAGAAGUUAGAAAAAACACUUAUUCUAAUACAAAAAUCUUAAAGGAAACACUAAAAAACCUAAUUGAAGAAAAUAAUCAGUUAAAAAGACGUAAUAAGAAUUUAAAGCAAGCCUGUAAUCGGAUGAGAAAGCGAAUGGUCAAUCUGAAAAAACUACUACAUCAACAAACUGUGACUAAUAAUGACGUUAUUUCCAUUGAACCAACUGCUAAAACACCACAAUGUGACGACACACCAUUAACGAAAUCAAAUAGUUUCAUAAAAGAAGUUUUACCAAAUGUGUCUCUGGUAGAAAAAGAAAGGGUGAAAAAGAAGUUACUUUUACUAAACACAAUUACAGAUUCUUUAAAGACAGAGUUUAAUAAAGCAGAUCCCAAAGAGAGGACAAUACUAAAAAAGGUAGCUACAAACGAAAUUGCAAAUAAAAAAAAAUUAAAAACAGCUAUUUCUAAUGUUCUUGGCCUGAAAGGAAGAAUCAGAACGACGACAAAAGGAAGUAACCAAAUGAGAAAGAAAUAUAAAAAAGAAAUCCAAAAUUUCUUUGCAAGAGAAGAUGUAAGUAGACCUAGCGCAGGGAAAAAAGAGUGCAUAACGAGAAAUAAAGAAAAAGUACAAAAGAGAUAUUUAAUUGAACCAAUAUACAAGCUCUAUAGAAAAUACAGGACAGAAGGUGGUAAAGCAUCUUUGCAAACUUUUUAUCGGUUCCGACCAUUCUUUGUUGUGAAACCAAGACUUCAAGAUAGGAAUACUUGUGCUUGCAUAAAGCAUUGCAAUUUAUUGUUUAAGGCAAUAUCUUUGAAGAAGCUAGGUUUACUUCAAACAUCUGACAUUGAUGAACUUAUGAAAAAUGUAAGUUGCAGCAAUUCUUUCAAGUGCAUGUACUCCGAGUGUUCUGAAUGCAAAGAUAAGAAAUUAGCUAUUGAUUUGACGAUAAGUGAAGAUAGUCCCGUGCAAUGGCUCCAAUGGAAAAUGAGCACGUAUACCUAUACUAAAAUUGGCAAAAAGAAAUCAGAAGAAAAACAGACAAAGAAGUAUUUAAAACAGAUAGUGAAAGGAACAGUGACUACAUUAAUUAAAGAAUUUCAAGAUGAUAUACAAAAAUUUAAAACUCAUUACUUCAAUGUUUCGCAUCAGUACUUGGCGUGGAAAAAGUGUAUUGAAAACCUUGAUGAAGAGGAAGCAGCAUUGAUUUGCGAUUUUUCAGAAAACUUUUCAUGCAAGCAAUCUGAAGAAAUUUAG